CCUCCCCAACCUCCAAACAAGACACAUCUUUCACUAAAGUCUUUAACAUUUAUAAAUCUCUUUGUUCUAUUUUCGUCUCUUUUCAUUAUUAAAUUAUAUUAUUCCAAAAAACUUGUUUCCUGUGAUUUUCUAGAUUGAUCGAACAUGUCGCUAGACGGAUCAGGACUAGGAGGGAUGGCUAUGGCGGAGGCUUACACGGCAAGGAAGUUUCACAGAGAAAACAUGAAGAUUAAUUUAACGGCAAGCACAGCCACAACGGUCGGUGGAGGAAUAGGAGACACCGGUGGAGGAUAUUGCCGGUGGUUCUGGGGAAAGCUGAGCACCAAGAAAAACUCGCCCAAAGUUUGUGAUCUUAUAACUAUAGAAUAGUAAGCUAAGAUGGUCACAUCCAAUAUUAAUCUAAGAAAUAAAAAUUUAGGUCUUUCUUUUUAUAUCGGUCUUUGUUUUACGUUUUUUCUGCUUUAUGUUUGGUAAGACUAUCAUAUGAAUUUAUUUAUGAAUGUUGGUUUUACGAAAAUAUU